CCAACGGCGAUUUGAGUCGGCUGGCUUCGUCUCGAGUGUUUUUAGUCAAUUUUCACCGCAAAUCGGGAAAAUUUUAAGUUAUUUUAGUGAAAUUAUCAUCGUGCGGCGUCCCAGGAGUGACCGUGGUGUGUGAGCGCCGAAGAAAAUCGGGAAAUGAUGAGCAAAUUGUGCAUAAACAUGAGCGUGAAGACGGUCGAGAGUGUCCGUGGUGGGGGUAGAUGUGACAUUGAUGGGGAAGACUGUCAACGGGCGCAGUUUGUGGAGCUCCAAGACGAAAAUAUGCCCCCGAAGGUGUCUUCCACAGUGACGGCAGAGCUGGAGAAGCGCCUGGACUCGCUGCCCAUCGAGGGGCACAUGAAAGCGCGCGUGCGAGCCUACCUGAACAGCAACUCGGCGUCCGCACGAGUGAAGGCCAUCCGGGUGAUCAAUUCGGGCCGGAUGGACGUGAUCACGGCCUACGAUGUGCCCCACGGCUCGCAGGAGCUGGUGACGGAGGAGGAGCGCCGCCAGGCCGAGCGCCCGCCGCCAAAGUUCCGCGACGUGAUGGCCAACGUGGUGGUUUACGUGGAGGUGCGCAGCGGCCGGGACGACAGGACGAACAGCAUAAAGACGGUGAUCCGGGACAUGGGCGUGAAGGUGAACGACACGUUUCUCAAGAACACCACGCACGUGAUCUUCCGGGAGGGACGCCUGUCGACGUACAACAAGGCGAAGAAGUCCAACAUCCCCAUUGUGUCCAUUUUGUGGAUUGAGGCGUGCAAGAAGAGCCUCAAAAUUGCCGAUCCCGAACGCUUCCGGCCACAUGACUUGGAGUGCUAUGAGAAUCCAGAAUUGUACAAAAUCAAGAGACACAAAUUCAUGAAUAUCGACUGCGAACGGGAGCGCAAAGUGUCCUCCAAGUCUCUGCUGGAGAAUCCAGCGUCCCCAGCACUGGCCAGAGUGAAGCAACUGUCCAAGACCAGCAUUGGCACUCCCUGUGAUACGCCAGAGACGAAAUUUAUCAAGAACAUUCUAGUCGCUCCCGGGAGAGGCGAAAAGACUGACACAGCAACUAAAAAGACUUUAAAUUUCGAUGACACGUCAGUAAAUUGCGCGACUCCGAAGAAAGACACUUUCACGAGCACUUUCACACCGCGGCGAUCGGCCAGGAGAGCGUCUUGCACGAGUGCCCAAGUGGACACUCCCACGUCCUUCAAGCCCCUGAGAAAGUCCACGAGCAUGGAGCUGUCGCUCCUGGACAGUCACUCGUCGGCCAAGAUGGACUUGAAGCUGGACAACAUCUCGGAGAGUGACGAGAUGGAAUUGACUGAAAUUGCACCGAAGACGCGAAUGACGACGCUCGCCGUCGAGUCCAUGAUUGAGAGCCCAAAGAUCACGAGUGAGGAGACAACGGUGGCCAGCAAUCGCUGGACAACUGUCAAUGGGGAAUCGGAGAUGGAAGUGAUUAAGGAUGAUGUAAUUACGCCUGAAAAGCUCAUUUUCUGCUCUGGAGCUGCGCCAGGAAGUUCUCGGCGCUCAACAAUCUUUCAGCACAGGAUUCAGAUGAUCAGUCAGAGCGCCAAGGUGGAGAAGAAGUCCUCGCCCAAGAAGACAAAUACUGUGAAGGAGUACGAAGAUGUGCUGAAGAAGUCUCCGCGAGAGGCGGACAAGGCGAAGCCUCGCCGAAGAACUCUGUGUCCGAUUCCCAAAGUCGUGGACUAUCCGGAGGCGAAGGUGGAAUCACAGCCGAAGCGCAGGAAGCUGUUCCACCAAUCUGCUGUGACUGAGGUGAUGAAGACGCCAAAGCAGCCUGUCGAGAUGUCGAAUGUGGCUAAAAAUACACCCAAAACGCGGCCCAAGACAGCCCCAAGGAAGAGUGUGGGCAGCAAGAGGGGCAGCAUUCUUGAGUUCGAGACUGUGGCGAAGGAUCUGCCGAGUGUGCAGAAGUCGCAGCCGAGUCUCGUGGUCACGAACAUCAGUGGGAAGGACAGGGUGAUCAUUGAAGAGGUGAAUUGACUGUAGUUUUUUAGUAGAGAGAAACUUUCCAAUAAAUGACUUUAUCAUGGGAAAUCCAUCUUGUCUUCAGGCCGUGGAGAAGCUUGGCGGCUUCCGGAUGGCCAGCAGCGUUACUCGGGACACUACUCAUCUGGUCACGGAGAAUCCCAGUCGCACGCUCAACACGUUGCGUGCUCUCAUCCGUGGUGUGUGGAUUCUCAGUGUGGACUGGAUCAGGGCGUCUGUGGCGGAAGACAAGUGGCUUCCGGAGGAGUCUUUUGAGCUUCGCCACUUCGCGCCUGCCGUGACGGUGAGAAAUCCCUCAAACACCCCCUCAAGAACUCCCCGUUUGAUGAACGAAAUCCUCUCCAGGUGAAUCGCUUGGAGCGCCAACUGCUCGGCAGAAGCUUCAAGAUGAAUCUGCUGAAGAGUGGCUCCAUUUAUGUCUCCCGGCGCUGCUCCGCCGCGCAAGACAUCCGUGAGCUGAUCAUCCUCUGCGGAGGAAGGCUGGUCAGCAAAUCGCUGGCCCAGCACGUCCUGUCGCCUGUGGACACUCAGCGACCGGCUGACGCCACUUUGCUGCAUCCCAACUGGAUCGUGGACAGCAUCCUGGCGAGAGAAUUGCUCCCGGAGAGUCAAUAUUCAGUGUAAACACUCGUCAGCGCCUCCAAAUUUUUAUUUUAUUCGUAAAACACCACUUU